CAAAGGUCGAAGCCGUUUAAGUGUUACCUUUGCCAGUUCCAGUACUGAGUGUGGUUCGAGAUGGUAGACGUUGUAGACCCAGGGGUAGUGAAGACAGGAGCGUAUAAGUACGAGGAUGGGACCCGUUAUGUUGGUGAAUGGAAUUCUAAGGGGCAGAAGCAUGGCAUGGGGCAUUUAGUCUUACCUGACGGGACCAGGUACGAUGGUGCGUUGAUCGGAGGACUGUGCUCUGGAUUGGGAGUAAUGGCUUUUCCUGAUGGUGCCAAAUAUGAAGGCGAGUUCAUGCAGGGCUGGUUCCAUGGCCACGGCGUGUUCUGGCGAGCUGAUGGCAUGAAGUUCGAAGGAGAAUUCCGUGGUGGAAGAGUUUGGGGUCUUGGUUUAGUAACAUUCAGCGAUGGCAGCAACGGAUUCCCUAGAAACGAGGGUUUCUUCCAAGACUGCAGGCUGGUCCGUCGUAAGCGCUGCCCGGAGGUAGUUCAACGUGCCCAGAAAGUUGCAUACAUGGCGAGAGCUCAGUGUCAGCAGAUGUAGUGGGAAGAAAAUACAGUA